UUUAGUCGUAUUUCUGGUCCGUCAUUUUUCAGGACUGAAAAUGGCGUACGAUGUAUCACAAGAAAAAGUAAAUUGGGGAACUUCAGUGUGUACUAAAUCAGAAAAACAACUUGAUAUUGGAGAAGUAAUGAAAUUUUUAGAGAAUAUUAAUCAAUAUCCAAACGUUAGCUAUCCUCCAGCAAAGCCAAAAGCAGGAGAUGCUUAUCUGUUUGUGGCAAACAUUCAAGAGGAGCAAGAAAAUUGGAAAUCAGAUCAAUACAGGUGGUUAAAUUAUGGUUCUAAAGACAUUCCUAAACGUGAUCCAUUAGUUAAAAAACUGUUUUUUGUUGGUAAAAAUCCAGAAGGCAAAACUAAUAAGUUCCAACGUCAUGUGUAUACUCUUAUAGGAGAUCAACGAGUUCCAAAGCCAGUUUUAGUACAUUACAUUGGAGAUGAAACUGUUAUGGUUGAUCAUCCUCAUGGAAACACAAAGAAAUCAAAUGAUCCAUAUUAUACCACAGCUCCUUCUGUUCGAAGAAGUGCUAAUUUAUCUAAAAAGUCAAAAGUGAAUUUAAAUGAUUCAGAAUCUCAUGUUUUAAAUAUGUUUAGUAAUCCUGUACUUAUACCUCGCAACAAAGUUCAAGUGAGAAAUAUCAUUCGCAAUAUAAAAAAAGCAAGCGAAAAAAAUCGUCCAACAAAUGAAGAUAUGGCAACAUUAUACAGACUUGGAACUGAACUUCCUGGAUUUUUUCAUUAUACUCGCUCAUUUCCAGACUUAGUAAUUAUUGUAGGAUUAUGUGAUAUAGCAUCUGAGGUUGAGAACUUGCUGAAACUCAAUGCUGGUCCUUUAGUUUUUAGUUUUCAUGAAACAUUUAAAGUUGGAAAGUUUUUUGUUACUGCAUUUAAUUUUGUUCAUGCAGCUUUUUCAGAUAGGCCAGUAAUACCAUUGGCAUUUCUUGUAACUGAAAGUGUAGAUGAUUACAUUAUUUUUGAAAAGUUUCUGCACUGUAUAUCUGAAAAUAUUUCAUCUUUAGAAUUAAUUGAAACUGCUGUUGUAACUAAUCAAGAACAUAAUUUUACAUCUUCUUUAAAUUCAGUAUUUCCAAAUUUUGUUCAAGUUUAUGAUUGGGAGCUUGUGUUAAUGACAGCUAGGUCAUGGCUUCGUAAAAAUAAUCAGUGUGUAAAAAUUAUUACUGAUCGAGCUGAGGAUUUAAGAGUUCUUUUAAAUAGUUGCUCCCAUGAAGACUUUGAAAAAAAUCUAGAAAAAAUUAGGAAACAGUGGGAUGAUGCUUUUGUGAAAUAUUUUGAUGAAUAUCUUUUAGAAAUUAUACGCAAACGAUUAGGGCGAUGGUUGCUUGACAAAUAUAAGUUGUAUCAUCCUCAAAUGGGUGUAAUAGGAGCUCGUAACCUUGAUUUACAAGUGGUUGUGCGUCAUUUGCAAGAUGUUAAAGAAGUCACACUAGAUAUUCUUCUGCCAUCACUUUAUCAUUUACAAGUAUACCUUUCUACAAAUGUUUUAAAAGGUUUUUGUGGUCUUGGAAAAUUUAAAUUAAGUUCUGAGCUCAACUUCUUAAAACGUGAACAAGAUGAGAUAAUUUUACCUAGUAAAGUGUAUGAACCACAAGAAAUUGUAAAUAUUUUAAAAGUUAGAGGAAUCUCCUUAGUUUUUGAAGAAAUGCAAGAAGAAGGAGAUAUAGGAAGUAUUGUGCAAGCACAAAGAAUUGUAGAAAUGGACAACAUUGUUCACAGUCAUCAGUUGCAAGCAUUUUUAGUAAAAUCUCCUUCUGGUAGCCUGCAAGCAGUGCGCUUGUUUCCUCGGGAAUCGUGCUCAUGUUCGUUAAAUCAAAGAUGCUCGCAUAUUAUGGCUGUUAUGCUUGCUGUGGGAUUGCCUUUAAUUACUGACUUACAUUCUAAAGUGAAAAGUUCUCGAAAGAUACGCAUGCAACAAUCAAAAUUUUUGCGGAACGAUCUCAAUGCAUCAUCAAAUUUAAUUGAUUAUGAACAUGUUAAUAUGUUGCCACAACCUGCAGCCAUAGGACCUUCUGAUGUUGAAGAUGGCAUGGUUCCAGUCGAAUUAGUAUACCAGAAUUAGUUUUACUUUUCGGUUUUGGUAGUUUUUUAUAGAAUAAACAAGAAAAAAGAAUGUAAUUUAUAAAAAUGAAAAAGUUAUUUUAUAAAGUCACCGAUAAAGAUUUCUGAAUGGAGUACUACUAAAUAGAAAAAACAAGAUGGCAACUUGAGUGAAUGGACAAUUAUAAUAAAAAGCAACUUGAAUGAAUGAGUACUAAUAAAACUUACAAGUUGAACACACGUUGAUGAAUAGUCAAUAUUUUAAUAAUUAAAAUAAAUAUUUUGAUUAAUAUAAGUAUAAUAUCUUA